GAGCACUCAAAACAAAAUGGGCAGAAAUUUACUAAUGAGCAGCCUUGAAAAUGCAUCUUUUAAUAUAAUACUACAAAUUUUGUUUCGAUGUAUAACGUUUAUUAUAAAUGCCUGGGUGAUUAGAAAUGUAGGCUAUGAAGUUAUUGGAAUAAUGAAUGUUAGAUUGCUGUUACUUGAAAGCACAAUACUAUUUCUGAGUAGAGAACCAUUUCAUCGUGCUUGCAUAGGCCAAAGAGAUGAGUUGAGCUGGAAUCAAAUAAUAAAUCAAAUCUGGCUAUCUGUCCCCAUAAGCUGUUUCUUAUCAUUGGUCUUUGUUUAUAUUUGGAUAAACGUGUUACCAUUAGGUCAUCCAGAGCAUGCAUUUCAAUAUGAAUUUGGAUGUUGGAGUGUUGCAUUAUCUUGUAUUUUAGAGCUUUGUUCAGCAAACAUGGCUCUAGUAGCACAAUUAUUCUGUUUUGUUAAACUAAAGGUUAUCCUUGAUACCUUACAUAUUUUGGUGAGGACAAUUCUAUUUCUGUCUAUUAUUAUAUAUGACAGAUCAUUAGCUCUUGUAGCAUUCUCUGUAGCACAAGUGGGGAGCAUAGGAGUUAUUGUAUUAGCUUAUUACUGUUUCUUCUAUUGGUACAUCAAAUGUAAGCCACUAUUUGCAAAGGGUGCAUUGAAAAGUCGAUAUCUAGGUAAUAAUAUUUUAGAGAAAAUGUACAGUAAUAUGGAUGACUUUAACUUUAAAUCACUUAAAGAUUUUUUGCCCAAAUAUUUAGGUUCUUUUAAUGCUACAUUUAAUAAGAAAUUAAAUACCCUCACACUUAGUUUUGCUAAACAAGGUGUUGUCAAGCAAUUGUUGACUGAGGGGGAAAAGUAUGUAAUGUCCGCUAGUCCAGUGAUGACUUUUGCUGAACAAGCAACCUAUGAUGUUGUAAAUAAUUUGGGAAGUUUAGCUGCCAGAUUUGUAUUUCGCCCUAUAGAAGAUAGCAGUUAUUUUUAUUUUACCCAAAUGGUGAGCAGGGACUUACCUCUGUAUAAGCAAGAUCAAAAUAAAAUCCAAGAAUCUUGCAUAGUCUUAUCACAAGUUUGCAAGACUGUAAGUUCUAUUGGUUUAAUAGUUCUUGUGUUUGGCUUGAGUUAUUCUCGAACAUUUUUGGUUUUGUAUGGUGGAGAUGCAUUUGUGGCAAGUGGUUUACCAGUACAGUUGCUCCGUAGUCAUUGUUUUGCUAUUGUACUAAUGGCAAUCAAUGGCAUUACUGAAUGCUACACUUUCGCCACUAUGACCAGUGCACAGUUAAAUAGUUACAAUUACCUGAUGGUUUUCUUUUCAAUAAGCUUUUUAUUGCUAUCCUAUGGAUUGACUUAUGUUUUAGGGCCGGUUGGUUUUAUUAUUUCUAAUUGCAUAAAUAUGAUUGCUAGAACCUUGCAUAGUAUACAUUUUAUUAAUAAUAAAUGCAAGGAUACUGAUUACAGACCUCUAGAUGGUCUUCAUGUUGGCAAAAUAUUCCUAUUCAUUUUAUUUAUUGCUGGUUGCAUUUGUAAAAUAUCAGAAAAUAAAUUUGCUCGUAAUUCCGUGGUAACACAUGUAACAAUUGGAGCAGUGUGUUUGAUCUUUGUAUUAUUAUCGUGGGGAUAUGAAAAUAAGGAUCUUGUGGUUAAAACAUACAGGAAGUUUGUAGGCAGUAAAGAAGAGAAAAUGUCAACAGAUUAGCGUUUGUUUAUUGUUAGGCUUAUAUAAUUAAGUAUAAUAAUAUUAUGUAAAUAAGAUUUAUCUGUAUUAUUAAUAAUUAUAAAAGAAUAUAA